AUUUAAUUCAAGACCAACCAACUCCAUUAUCUUCCACCAUUAAUUUCCUGUAAAAAAACACACCCAACUCUAAUAAGACCUUCCUUCACCUCCUCCAUUUCUUUACAGUCAAAAAAAUGGAGAAAAAAUGCAAACUUUUUUUACUUACUUUACUCACAUUGCUUGCAGUUCAAGGUGGUGUAAAUGGUGGUGGAAGAACCACAGGAAAUGGGCCAAACCAAUCACCUUCAAAUGCAUACAUUGCACUUCAAGCAUGGAAGGCAGCUAUUAAAGAUGACCCAAAAGGAAUCCUGAACUCAUGGGUUGGGCCAAAUGUGUGUGAUUAUACAGGUGUGUUUUGUUCAGGGAGAAUUGUUGCAGGCAUAGAUCUUAACCAUGGUGGUCUUGAUGGUAUUUUAGUCAAAGAACUUUCUUUACUAAAAGACAUGUCUUUGUUUCAUCUCAAUAGUAAUAGGUUCACUGGCACCAUCCCAGAUAGCUUUAAAGACCUUUUAGCGCUCACUGAACUUGACCUUAGUAAUAACCAAUUUUCAGGACAAUUUCCAACCAUUAUUCUCCAAAUCCCAAAUCUUGUAUAUUUAGACCUUAGAUUCAAUAUGUUUUCAGGGCCUAUUCCUGAUUCAGUCUUUAUCAAGAAUCUUGAUGCAAUUCUACUUAAUAACAACAACUUUCAAGGCGAAAUCCCACAAAGUUUAGGCAACUCCCCUGCUUCUGUGAUCAACUUAGCUAACAAUAAGCUCACUGGUGAUAUCCCAAUUAGCUUUGGUUAUUCUAGUCCAAGGUUGAAAGAGAUCUUGUUUUUGAACAAUCAGUUAACUGGUUGCAUACCUCAAGGCAUUGGGUUAUGGUCAGAUUUACAAGUUUUUGAUGCAAGUUUUAACUCGUUGAUGGGUCAUUUGCCCGACUCGGUUUCUUGUUUGGAAGAUAUUGAAGUGUUGAAUAUUGCACAUAACAAGUUGUCUGGUGAGUUGCCAGAUGUGGUUUGUGGGUUGAAAUCUUUGGUGAAUUUGAGUGUUGCAUACAAUUUCUUUUCAGGGUUUAGUCAAGAAUGUGCUAAGUUGUAUGGCAGGAAUGUCGGUUUUGAUUUUGCAUUGAAUUGUAUUCCUGGGAGGGAAAUGCAAAGGCCUCAACCAGAAUGUGAUAUGAUUCCUGGUGGUAGUUUGAGUUGCCUUAGAAUUCCAUCUCUUGGAACUCUUUCAUGUGGGCAAUUGCUUACAUCUUUGAGCUCAUCAGUCCCAUGAGAAAAGUUGCAGACUUUUUGGUUGCAGUGGAGGAAUUGGCUGAUUUGCAAACUUUUUUAUAUUAUUUUAACAACACGUCACCAAGAAUUGUUAUCAAAGCGAAUUGGUUAAUCUAGACCGGAAUGUUAAAGUUCCGGGUUAUUGUGGUUGUAAGUCAUUGAUUAUUUUUAGAGCUAGUAGAUGAACAAAGUUAUAACCUGUACUAUGAUCUGUCUUUGUAUUGAAAAAGACAUGUUUAGUGAGAUAUAGAAAUGAAUUUUGAUUUGAAUA